AAGUUUGUCCCUUGCGGUGAUCCGUCUUAGUGUUUGCCUGCAGCAAGAUGGCGGCGGUCUCAAUGUCAGUAGCGCUGAGGCAAGCGUUGCGGGGGAGAAGGGCAGCGGCUGUAGCUGCCGUUUCCGUUUCCAAGGUUCCUACCAGGUCGCUGAGCACUUCCACAUGGAGGUUGGCACAGGACCAAACUCGAGACACGCAACUCAUAACGGUUGAUGAAAAAUUGGAUAUUACUGCUUUAACUGGUAUUCCAGAAGAGCAUAUCAAAACUAGAAAAGUCAGGAUCUUUGUUCCUGCUCGCAAUAACAUGCAGUCUGGAGUAAACAACACGAAGAAAUGGAAGAUGGAGUUUGAUACCAGAGAGAGAUGGGAAAAUCCUUUGAUGGGUUGGGCAUCAACGGCUGAUCCACUGUCCAACAUGGUUCUAGCUUUCAGUACUAAAGACGACGCAAUUGCCUUUGCAGAAAAAAAUGCCUACCGUAUUUCAUGUCUGACACUUCAAAAAUGUCUGUACUGAUGGAGCUAUGAUGUUGAAGAGAGAAGGGUUCCGAAACCCAAGUCCAAGUCUUAUGGCGCAAACUUUUCUUGGAACAAAAGAACAAGAGUAUCCACAAAAUAGGUUGGCACGGAUUAUAUCUCUGCUUGUCUGUGAAUAAAGUCAGCUGUUCAGUAUUUAUAGUCCGUGUGUAUUACACCUCAAUCUCCUAAUAAAUUUGACCUUUAAACUACA